GCCCAAUCAAUUAAUAUAUAUAUAGCUAGUGUUGGAGACUACGAAGCCAAAUUGGCCUAAUCUUCCACUCGAUCAUAACUAUCCGAGCCCUGUGAGAGCCUCAAUGACCUCAACCGGCAAAUAUCGCGCAGUAAGGUCGUUUUUUUCCAAUGCUGGCAAUGUAUUGACUUCAUUUUCAAGUACAAUGCAGGAUAUGGCCGAGCCGUCAGAACUAGAUCAACURUCCAGYAAUGCAAGGGCUAAGCUGCAACACCGCAAUCUUCCUAAACACAUUAUUCUACACAAUUCAAAGUUCAAGGCAACAUGGGACUGGUUUGUCUUAGCCCUUGUGAUAUAUACCGCUAUCGAAAUACCAUUCGCUGUUGCUUUCAUUGGUGGAUCUGGGCGACAGUCUCCUUUUGUACAAUUGCAAAAAGGAUACUACAUGGCUAUUGCUAAUUUCAUAGUGGACUUGAUGUUCAUCGUAGAUAUUUUUAUCAAUUUUCGAUCUACAUAYACUAGAAAAGGGACAGACGAACUCGUAGUCGAUCCUAGAAUGAUUGCCUGCAAUUAUCUUCAAACAUGGUUUGUUAUUGAUCUUUUGGCGGCGAUUCCAUUCGAGUUUUUCGUUACAGAAGAGACAGCUUCUCUCGCCGGCUUACUGAAAUCUGCUCGACUUCUACGACUUGUACGAGUMUCACGAAAACUUGAUCGUUACUCUGAAUACGGGCUCGCUGUGGUGAUCUUACUCACGUGUCUAUUCACUCUUGUCGCUCAUUGGCUAGCAUGUUUAUGGCACUGGAUUGGCCAAAAGGAGAAACACCUAGGCUAUGGAUGGAUUAAGACCCUUGGCGAGCAAAUGAGAUCGAAUAAUAGCAGUGAACCAAGUGUGCCGGACAUGAAAAGCCGCUACAUUACAUCGCUAUAUUUCACGUUAACAAGUCUUACCAGCAUUGGAUUUGGAAAUGUUGCACCCAACACUGAUUCGGAGAAGAUAUUUGCCGUGUCGAUGAUGCUUACUGGCGCCCURAUGUAUGCGGCGAUAUUUGGUAAUAUGACAGCUAUCAUACAAAGACUAUACUCAAGGACCGCUCGUUACCAUAGAGACAACAAAGUCAUUAAAGAGUUUAUUCGUUUGCACAACAUUCCUGAGGGUAUGCAGAGCACACUGACUGAAUACUUUACUCAUGAAUGGUCUGCACAAAAGGAUCAGCAGCUUGAUCAGGUUUUGCAAAGAUUUCCCGAGAGUCUUCAAGCAGACAUAUGUGUCCAAAUUCAUCGUGAAGURUUUUCACGGUGUCAGAUAUUCGAAAAUAUGAGCGAAAGCUGCCUUCGAGCGUUGUCUGUCAAGUUCAAUAUUCGCAAUUACCUGCCAAGCUACUUUCUUAUUAAGGAAGGUGAUGUUAUUAAGUACGUAUAUUUCUUUGCUCUGGGGACGGUCGACGUCAUCAAGGGUGGAGAAUCGAUUUCAAUUUUAGGUCAAGGAGAUUCUGUGGGAUGUGAUUAUAUCACUAAAGAGACUCAUGAAAACCUUAAAGCUGAUGCCACUCUCAUGGCGAGAACKUUCACCGAGGUACAUUACGUUGCCUGGUCUGACAUUUUUGAAAUCGCCAAGUAUUUUCCUGAAAUCAAAGAUUUAAUGACGAAUUAUAUGUAUACCUUGGAUCUCAGUAAAUGUAUCCCGAAAGGUGGUGGCUUAGUWGGACAUGGUCCGUGGUCUGCUUURGCUUUAGGAGCGCCCAUUGGAAUCUCACUUAUGAAUGUCGACCCUACACCAAGAGAACCAAUUGAUGAAAACAAUGACAAUAAACAAGCUAAAAAUAACGCACCAGUCCUCUCGAACUCUUCGUCUUGCAUGAACGGGGGGAUUGGAGAGAACAUUCCCCAACCCCAGGCCUCGWCGGACAGAAAUUUGUCCUGGUCGYUWAAUACUUGUCAGCGGAUUGAAAAUAUGGAGAGAAGACUUGAAAACAUUGAGUCGAGAACRGARGAUAUUCUGAACUUGCUGAGACAAAACAACGGCUCUCGAAWGCAGACAACGUGCAUAUGAAACCAUUGUGAAAUUUGAAGUUUUCUCAUUAUUGAAAACUUCCAUCCGUCAAGAUACAAGGCUGAUGCGGAAACAGCGAAUAAAGCGCCAAUAAUUUAAUUCAAUGAAGGSUKAUGAUGMCAGAUGUAUGCCAGGCAUACGGAAGUGUACUUCGAAAAUUCAAAUUGUGUGAAUGUAAUGUAUUCAGUCUUUAUUUCUCAUCAUAUAUACCGAGGUGUUUCAUUAAUCUUUUUAUUUAAGUGAAACAAAGCCUCAUUCAAUCGUUUCUUAAGUGGAGAUAUCUUCAUGUAAAUUAUACUCAUGUCACUAAGUACAAUGCACCAAAUAUGAGGACGUCAUGCGCGCUGGUGGAAUGACAAUAUAAACAUGUACAGAAUCACAUCAGUGAAGCAAACACACUGCCUACUUGGACACGCAUGAUGGCUAGCAAAGAUAUCCUACGCCAUUACAAUGUUUUAUAUUACUAAAUCGAGUUUCUAAAUAUAGUAUCAAAUGACUUUACAAUUCCAAGAAAUCGAAGCUAACCAAAUGAGCUUCCAAGGAAAUGUCCAUUAUACUGCAAUGGAGGAGAAUUUCUCUAUACUAUGAAUCACAAUCUGACAUUAUGAUCUUCAACAUCAUAAUAAAAUGUGUGUGUUACAUUAUAAUUGACACUGCAAUUUUAGUGGCUUUGGGUUGAUGGCAACUUGUACCUCUACCAUCCUGAAAGAUGCCACACGYCUUUGCAUGAAUUGAAACUCGCGAAGAAUUCAGCACGCGAAAAAUUUUUAAAAUUCGGCAGCUAAAAGAACGAUUCGAAAUAUAGCGGACUAGUGUAUAGAACAGUUCGACUAGAGUUACUAACUCUGUUUGAACUGAACAGCUACGCAACCAUGGAAACACAUUUUGCAUUGAGCUGCGUGAGCAUAUGGCUAGUCAGUACAUAAUAAAAAUGUUAUUAAAUGUAAAUUGCCCGACAUUAACAAGAUCGGUCUGUCCUUGAUACCAUUCAUGCAGGAUCACAAGUGACACCUAUUUCACUAUGAUGUCACAUAUGCUAAGAAGUAUGGUUAUACCAAAAGUAGACAGAGAAUGYAAUCAACACAAACUGAAAAACRRUGUGUUUAGUGAUCAGACAGGCCAAUAAUGACAACUUGGACAUGCUAGUCUGAGUUUUAGAAGAGAAAGAAAAUUGGGUAAAAAGAUUAUUUGUAGUAAACUCUUCUUUGACGUCAUAGAGAAAUAGGACAAUUCUGACAGGUAUUUCCUAGCAUAUGCUUAGUUGGCAUGAACUUCUCAUGUCAUUAAGGCUAUGGCUUUCAAGGCGAAACUUGGAUAUGAAACACAGUUUCUAUUGCUUUUGAAAUAAAAUGUCUAGAAUAAGUGACUACAAUGACACAAAUAUCAUGAUCAGCUAACAUCAAUUACAAGAUAUUUGCCAAUGAUAGGUGACACUGAUAUUGUCAACUACAUUGUCAAUCAYGAAAAUGGAAAUAAUGGAAAGCUAUAGAACUUAGAUAGAUGGUUAUUCCGGGUGAAAGAUCCUUGGAAAUAAAUUCAAUAAAAUUAAUUUCCGACCUCGCUGGGAUUCGAACCCACGACCUUCGGAUUUGUCAGUACAAGYAAUGAACUUGAAGUAGCAUUAUUACUAUCCCAUUAUCAAUGAUUAUAUAUCUGUAAACACCAAAGAAUCGGGCUAAGUUAUAUAACAAGAUAUAUAACAGGACAUAAAAGAUUAAUAAUUGAACUGGCGAGAAAAAAUAAAUUCUUAAAAGAA